AUCGUUACGCUUCUGUUUCUCUUCGCUUCCGAGUUUCAGUUCGCCAGAAAAAUCCAAACUCAGUCCAACCGACGUCGUGGUGGAUCAGAGAGCUUGACAGUCGGAUGAUUAAUCGUGUGUGUGAUAGUGAGGAGAAUGCUGCCGUGCUGCAGUGUGUUACUGAGAUGUUCAGCUCGGUGUGUCUCUGAUCUCAGAUCAGGUGUGUUUAAGUGUGUACGCAGGAGUGUGUGGGUCAAACCAGGAGGAUGGAAGAGCGAGAAAAUACCUCAGCGCUACCUGGGACAGCCGAGUCCCUACACACACCCACAUCUGGUCAAAGCUGGUGAAGUGACUCCCGGUCUGACUCAGACGGAGUACGAGCUGCGUCGGCAGCGUCUGGCGUCCGUGGUGGAGUCUCGCGUCCCCGACUCGUCCCACGUCCUCAUCGUCCUGUCUCACCCGGUGCGCUACAUGACCAAUGACAUCCCCUACCCCUUCCACCAGAACCAGGACUUCCUGUACCUGACCGGCGUGCUGGAGCCCGACUGCGCCCUGGUCAUGUUCGGCUCGCCCAGACCCGACCGCGUCCUGCUGUUCGUCCCGCCCAGAGACCCCGCGCGGGAAUUAUGGGACGGUCCCAGGUCGGGACGAGACGGGGCGGCGGCUCUGACCGGCAUCGAGAACGUCCACAGCAUCGAGGAGCUCGGGACCGUUCUCAGUGGUGUCAAAGGAUCGACGGUUUGGUACGACACCUCUCAGCCCUCCCACCCUCGGCUGCAUCAGAACCACGUGCGCCCCCUGCUGGAGGGACAGGCCUCGGUGCGCCCUCUCCGGCCGCUCACACACUCGCUCCGGGCCAUCAAGAGUCCCGCCGAGGUGGAGCUGAUGAAGCAGGCGGGAAGCAUCACCGCACACGCCUUUAGGAAAACGAUGGCUACGUGUAGAGGAGACGUUGACGAGGCGCUCAUCUAUGCUAAGUUUGAUUUUGAGUGUAGGGCGCAUGGUGCGAACUUCCUAGCGUAUCCGCCGGUGGUCGCUGGCGGGAAUCGAGCCAAUACUCUUCACUACAUCAGUAACAACCAGGUUAUCAAGGAUGGUGAGAUGGUGCUGUUAGAUGGAGGAUGUGAAUAUUUCGGCUACGUCAGUGAUGUUACACGUACGUGGCCGGUUAAUGGAAAGUUCACCGAGGUGCAGCGGGAGGUGUACGAGGCCGUGCUGGAGGUCCAGCUGGCGUGUUUGUCUCUCUGUGCUCCCGGGGUCAGUCUGGAUCACAUCUACUCCACCAUGCUCACCCUGCUGGCCAAACAGCUCCGGCGACUACGAGUGGUGCCACCUGAUGCCAACGACGCAGACGCCGUCAGGGCUGCCCGGCGGUUCUGUCCACACCACGUGGGUCAUUAUCUGGGCAUGGACGUUCACGACACCCCGGAUCUGUCUCGCUCUCAGCCUCUGCAGCCUGGGAUGGUCAUCACCGUCGAACCCGGUCUGUACUUCAGCCAGGAGGACGAAUCGUGUCCGGAGCGGUUCCGGGGCCUCGGCGUGCGCAUCGAGGACGACGUGGUGAUUCAGGAACGGGGCGGCCCCCUGGUGCUCUCCUCACUCACCCCAAAAACCGUGUGUGAUGUGGAGAGGGCCUGUACACGGCAGGGCUGAGGUUCCUCACCCAUCAUACACAGUCUGAAACCCUCCUGCUGGAGAAGCUGCUGAACUGGACUCGGAGGUGUUGGGAGGCUCGUUACUGACAACCUGCUGCAUCUGCUGGAGAGCCUCCACACAGCCAUAAUUAAACAUGAGCCAGUGAGUGAAUGUAAAUGCUCUAGUGUGGGCGGCGUGUUCAUCUGAAACUGUGAUCGUUUACUCACAAUAAAAUCUAGUUUUUACAAUUUUAA